CACCCGAGGUUACCUGCAGACAUUUCCAGAUGCCCUGGGCUACCUCUCACUUCUGCUUUAAGUUAUUUUCUGGCCGAAGGGUGUGCACAGCAGACAGCGAGACAACCCUCAAUAAUGAGGGAUGGGAGUCGAGGAUAUACCCCAGUCUCCCUGCCUUUUCGUGGGACACUUCUGAAAUAUUUUCUAUAGUCUCGCUAAGGGUCCCUGAGGGAUGGAGACCCAAUUGCCCAGUGGUAACUCACUCAUCAACACCUUUUUUAUUGGCUUUUCUCCCUUUCUCGGUUAAUUUCACUCUCACUGGGCUUCAUGGGAUCAUUUCCCAAAUACAUUUCUGGCACCUGAAUCCUUUUCUCAUGAUCUUCUUUGGGGGAAACUACAACUUUGACACAGCUUUAAACUUCUGUCAGUGGAAUGAGUUGCCCAGUGAGAUGUGAAGUUCCACCUUACUGAGGACUCAAGAAAUGGCUGAGAAUGUUCAAUGGAGAUUCACAGGUCAGUGCUCCAAGAGGACGGUUAUUUAACGCUGGCCCCCAAGGAUCACCCGCACAGAUCUUCCUCCUCCCGGAACGUCCAAGGGCACUGGAUCCUCUGUGUCCCUCUGAGAUGGGGUGCCACUCCAGCAAGAGCACCACGGUGGCAGCUGAGUCCCAGAAGCCUGAAGAAGAGCGCAAGGGAGGAGAGCCGGGUGUGGAGACCGGCACCCAGGCAGCAGACUACAAGGAUGCCCCGCUGAAGGAUGCAACCCCUGAGCCAAAGAGCUGAGAUGCCUCUCUCCAGAGUCGGACCCUCACCUCCUUCCUGGAACUGCCUUUGACCCGAGAACCAUGAGGCAAUCCCCACCCUGAGAAGCUCCGAUCACUGGGAGGAGAGAGAAAACCUCCAGCUUUGGGAUUCAGGCUUCAGAAGUUUUUAGCAGCCUUUGCACAUUGGAGGGGUGGGGAGGAUAAGUCUAUAAGGAAUCCUAUUUCCCCAGCUCUCCCACAGAGAGGACGAAAGAAGUCUUCACAUGUUGUGGAACUUUCCUGUAACUUCUGGAUGCAGACAAGCCUCGGAGCAGACUGUUGUGGCUCCAGUGAAUAUCUGCUGCCAAGCUGUGAGCAUCCAGGGAUCCCCGUCUGCCUGGCUUUCCUGAAGUCAGAACGCGCCUUGGUCAUAAUAUGUGGGGUGUGUGGAUCUCAGUUUGCUUGCUUUCUUUCUCCUUUUUUCAACAGCUGGCGGAGUAGCCAACACCCCUGACAGCAACAUGUUGCACUUGGCUCACUCCACACCCUGUCUGUGAAUAAUUUUAAUAUUUAACUUGAAAUGUUGUUAAGAAACUAUGGAAAAUAUCAGGAUCCCACUGGGAUCCUGUAAAUUAAGGGCAACAAGGUCCUAGGCCUCCAGUAAGGGGGGCAAGGAGCCCUGGUGGGAAGGAAAGAAGAGAGAUUUGUGUUCCUGAUUCCUUAAUCCCCAAAAAAGGUCCCUCUGCUAACAUUCACAUAUCUCUUCCUAGCCAAAGUCUGUCCAUUUCAACCCUCUAGCAUCUGAGCUAUCUGCAUCCAGCUUUCAAAAAUAUUUUGCUGUUUACUAACAUGUCUGUCAGCCUUUCUUUUCUCCCCCGCAUGUGUUUUGUUUUUAAUUCCACUCAAAAGCGUUUUCAUUUGAAAUCAAACAGACAUGUUUGCAAAUAAAUGAUGACACAACACA